AUGGGUAUCGUGGAGGAAGACCAAGCAUGGUACUUGCUGGAAGGCUCAGCACGUGCCGCGGCCGCCGAAGCGAAGGCAGUGAUGGAUUCCGCCCUUGAGGCGAAGUCCGCCUUGAUCUCUGCGAUAGAGGUGGGGCUUGUCAAGACGAGCUAUGACUAUGCAGCAAUAGAGAGUACCCUGGUGCCUGUGAUGCUGCAGAAGCCGUAUGUGCACUCCUUUGAGAUGCUCUUUACCGACCGCACAGCUGGUCUCAAGAUCAGCCAUCGCGAGGAGGAGAAUGGUCGUCAACUGCUUUUGCAGUCCAAUGGAGCAGACUGCUACUUGCUUGGCACGCAGGGUUGUGCAGAUCUUGGAGUGCCGCAGAACGUCUUCCCAGUUGCUUGGUUCAGACUUUUAGCACAUCGAAAAAGACGACGUGCGGCACAUGACAAACUUGGAAGACACAUUUGCUAUCCAAGUGACCAUCAAAUUUGA